AGGCCCGCCGUCAUUGGAGCAGACCGAGCGAACCGUGUGGCCGCUGCGUCUCCUCCUCAGACGCUCCUCUACUUCACCGGGACCAGUCUAGCACCGCUGAGGUUGGAGUAACUCCGGGGCCGCCGCCAGUACCGCCAGUAUCGCCAGUAUCACCAGUACAACCAUGGCUCUGACCAACGACCCCAACUACAAGAAGCUGGAGCAGUGGUACAAGGCCAACGGCGGGAGCCUCAACAUGAGGGACAUGUUUGACGGUGACAAGGACAGAUUCAGCAGCUUCAGCACGACUCUGGAGACAGACGAUGGAGAAAUCCUGCUGGACUACUCCAAGAACCUCAUCAACCAGGACGUCAUGGCCAUGCUGCUCGCCAUGGCCAAGUCGAGGGGAGUGGAGGAGGCCAGAGAGAAGAUGUUCUCUGGGGAGAAAAUCAACUUCACCGAGGGUCGUGCUGUGCUCCACAUCGCUCUGCGUAAUCGCUCCAACACGCCGAUCAGCGUCGACGGUAAAGACGUGAUGCCAGAGGUGAACAGGGUGCUGGACAAGAUGAAGGCCUUCUGUCACAAAGUUCGCAGCGGCGAGUGGAAAGGCUUCAGUGGAAAAAGCAUCACUGACGUGGUGAACAUCGGCAUCGGGGGCUCCGACCUGGGCCCUCUGAUGGUGACGGAGGCUCUGAAGCCGUACUCAGCCGGCGGACCAAACGUGUGGUUCGUCUCCAACAUCGACGGGACUCACCUGGCCAAGACCCUCGCCCAGCUCAACGCAGAGACCACGCUCUUCAUCAUCGCCUCCAAGACAUUCACCACCCAGGAGACCAUCACCAACGCAGAGUCUGCCAGAGACUGGUUCCUCCAGACGGCUAAAGACAAAUCUGCUGUCGCCAAACAUUUUGCGGCUCUGUCCACCAACGCAGCCAAAGUGAAGGAUUUUGGCAUCGACACGGCGAACAUGUUCGAGUUCUGGGAUUGGGUCGGAGGUCGUUACUCACUGUGGUCAGCCAUCGGUCUGUCCAUCGCUCUGCACAUAGGCUUUGAAAACUUUGAGCAGCUUCUGGCAGGAGCUCACUGGAUGGACAACCAUUUCCGCAGCGCCCCUCUGGACAAGAACGUGCCCGUUCUGCUGGCCCUUCUGGGCAUCUGGUACGUCAACUUCUUCCAGGCCGAGACUCACGCCAUGCUGCCCUACGACCAGUACAUGCACCGCUUCGCUGCUUACUUCCAACAGGGCGACAUGGAGUCCAACGGCAAGUACAUCACCAAAGACGGCACCCGUGUGAACUACCACACCGGACCCAUCGUGUGGGGGGAGCCGGGGACCAACGGACAGCACGCCUUCUACCAGCUCAUCCACCAAGGUACUCGUAUGAUUCCUGCUGACUUCCUCAUUCCUGCUCAGUCUCAGCAUCCAAUCAGAGACAACCUCCACCACAAGAUCCUGGUGGCGAACUUUCUGGCUCAGACAGAAGCUCUGAUGAAGGGAAAGACUCCCGACGAGGCUCGUAAAGAGCUGGAGGCCAGCGGCAUGAAGGGGGACGCUCUGGAGAAGCUGCUGCCGCACAAAGUUUUCGAAGGGAACAAGCCGAGCAACUCCAUCGUUUUUAAGAAGCUGACCCCGUUCAUACUGGGAGCUCUGGUUGCCAUGUAUGAGCACAAGAUUUUUGUGCAGGGCGUCAUGUGGGACAUCAACAGCUACGAUCAGUGGGGAGUCGAACUGGGAAAGCAGCUGGCGAAGAAGAUCGAACCGGAGCUGAAGGACGACUCGGAGGUCACUUCCCAUGACUCGUCCACCAACGGCCUCAUCACCUUCCUGAAGAAAAACUUCGCCUGAAUCCUGAAUCCUGAAUCCUGAAUCCUCCUCUGCUGGACCCCCGCACCUUGUAGUCAUCUCUCAUUGGCUGAAUCAUGUCCGACCUGUGGGAACGAGCACUUUCUUUGUUAAC